UUGGUGACGAACUGUCAGGCAGAGCUGCUGCUGGGAGUGCGGAAAAAGUGCUCAUCACUGUGAGAAGUUUUAGUGUUUUUUAUAGACCUGUCACACAUUCUUAUUCAUGUCUGCAAGAAACCCUGGAAUCGAGCUUGACCUAGGAUGGGUGUCUAGAGUCCGUGUAAAUCAUCCUGCAGUUCUGAGACGGGCACAAAAAAUACAGAGCUGGAAGCUCGUGAAAAAAGGAUGGCAGGCAGCAUGGCUACUUAGAGCAGUGACGUGUAUAGAUCUGACCACCCUCUCUGGUGACGACACUCCCUCCAAUGUCCAGCGGUUGUGUUUAAAAGCCAUCCAUCCCAUUCGCGACGACCUGCUCAAAAGCAUGGACAUGGAUGACAAAGGUAUAACUACAGCUGCGGUUUGUGUCUACCCGGCUCGUGUAACUGAUGCAGUAAAAACACUUAAGACAGCCAAGUCUAACAUCCCUGUGGCCUCAGUGGCCACAGGGUUUCCUGCCGGACAGACCUCCUUGAAAACGCGUCUCGAAGAGGUGCGCCAGGCAGUGGAGGACGGAGCCCGUGAGAUUGACAUCGUCAUUAAUAGGACUCUAGCGCUGACUGGGCAGUGGGAAGCUCUCUACCAUGAGAUCUGCCAGUUCAAGAAGGCCUGUGGAGAAGCUCACAUGAAGACUAUCCUAGCAGUGGGAGAAUUAGGCUCUUUCACCAAUGUCUACAAAGCCAGUUUAGUAGCUAUGAUGGCAGGUUCAGACUUUAUAAAGACCUCAACUGGGAAGGAGACAGUCAAUGCAACAAUUCCAGUUGCCAUAGUAAUGGUGAGGGCUAUACGAGACUACUUUUGGCGGACAGGUCAUAAGGUUGGUUUCAAACCAGCAGGUGGGAUUCGCACUGCCAAGGACUCCUUGAUAUGGCUGACCCUGAUGAAGGAGGAGUUGGGUGAUGGGUGGUUAAAACCAGACCUCUUUCGCCUUGGAGCAAGUUCACUAUUGGCGGAUAUCGAGAGGCAGAUCUACCAUUAUGUGACUGGGAAAUACGCAGCAUAUCAUGAGUUACCCAUGGCUUGAAUUCAAGGAAUCUGAACCUUCAUGAUCAACAGGUUUUCAGUAUCUGUGCAGGGCAGUAGACUGAAUAAUUCAAAUUUUCAUUGCUGAAAUGUUUCCAGGAUCAGUACUAUUAUUAAAGUUGAAGAGAAAAAAACAACUUUAUCAGCAGUAAUAUUUGCUAAUUAAAAGCAAAGUCUGGUUAAUUAAUGAUGAAUUAAUGUAAUGAUUGUUUUAGGUGUGAUAGUCACAGAAGGUGAAAACUUGUGUUACAUGUUCCUAUCAAAAUAAAAUUGAACAUUUUUCCAAAGGUUUUAAAAGAAAAGGUUUUGCAAUGUACCUUCUCAUAAUAAGCCAUCACAGAACUGAUGGUGAAACAUUCUUGAGCCUCAUUCCUUCAAUUUAGUUUAAUGGUGGACUAGCCAAAAUCUUCAUCCAUCAGUAUGUGAGUCUUAACUCAGUGGUAUGUGAAUAUAUCCAUGUGCAAAAAAAACAAAUAAUAGUUCAAAUAUAGAUUGUGAUAUUUAGCCAUAAAACAUACAUGGGUGUGAGCCUCUCUUCCAGGGUUAGGAAACAUAAUGUGUGCUUCCACAUCUGAACAAGUUUUGUUCCCUUCAACAAACUAUAAACUUGAGGCUGCUGUAAGACUAUUGGGAAAAAAUGGCUUCAGCCAUGAAUACGUUUCAUCCAAAAGUACAACUGUGUAGUAACUGAUUAAACCUUUUUAGCAUUUCAACUGGUAAGACACCAACAGGCUUCAGCAGGAAAACAUUUCAGUUUCAUGAUUUCAGUUAUACUGUACAGUAUAUGUAAUGAAAUGUAAUAGACUAGCAGUGGUUUCGUUGAUAUUAUUGGUCAUGUUUGUGAGAUGCUACAAAAUUGAAGUAGCAGCACCUUAAAAUACCACUUGAAAUAUUGAUUUCGCUUUUCAAUUCAGAAUUUAUAUAUAUAUAUUUAGAUAUCUAGACCCUUCCAUGUUGAUUACCUUGCAUGGUAAUGGCUGUAAUGUUGUACAGAUUUCGGUUUAAAAAAAUGAAGAUGCUCAGUUUUCUUUUUGGGCAAACCAUCCAUCUUAUUCAUUUACCAUUAAAUAAACAGUUUCCCCCUAAGGAAAAGGAGAAACAUCGGCCCCAGCACACUAGAACAGGAACAUCAAGUUAAACCUGUCAUACUGAGUGGAACUGAUGUGGUAAACUACAUGUGUGCCUAAUCUAUAUUUCACACAUUACGGUGUGUAUUACUAUAGCAUUGCAUAAUCUAUUGGACUCAUCACGCUGUUCAUGGUAAAGGAAAAAUUGUGAAAAAAAGUGUUUAGUAUUACGUAUUAUGUACAUUCAAUUGUAUUUUUUCUUCAUGACUCUUUUUAGGUGAAAACUAUUCACUUUUUUAUGAUAGAACACUCUUCUUUAUUUCCAUUUGAUUUCCAUAAUUUAUUUUGAAUGUAAGUUAAGUGGUUCAGCCACAUAGGACAAGAGAUAGUAUGAUCUCUCUAAAAUCAUGUAACUUUUUUUUAAUCACCAGACCAGACUUAAGUUUCUUAAUCUUUUGCUGGAGCACAAUCUUUUUCUGUAGUCGAUAUAAAUAAAUUUGUUUAACUUAAUGCCUACAUCUUCAAUCAAAUUUAAGAGUGUUGUUGAUACUUUGAAUCUGAUGUGCACACCUGUACAAAAUAGGUACUGUAUAAAAUCUUACCCUUUUCAAGUGUGCUUGUAUUCCUGUAUUUUAUAGGCAAAACUGAGCAGAACGUUACAUGUAAUUUGAAAAUUGCGACAUACAGUAACUAGGUAUUAUAUGUUAACCUGCAAGAGUUUGGAGACAGCUAUCAUUUAAAAUGCAUACAAUUAGGUUUUGUUGCGAGGCACCUCGUUUUCAGAGGGACAGACCGAGGAACAAAGGUCCUUGAAACAAAAAUAAUGUUGAGUUUGACUUCCCCUGAGCUCUUCUACUGCAAAGGGACAUGUGACCUUCUUAACAUGUAAUACAUGUACAUUAAACAUCUUAAUGCAAAGUAUUGUGCUUGUGUUUAUAAAGUGUCAAUUUUACAAGGUCUCACAUACACAUAAAAGAAAGUGGUAGAAGUGCAUGAUCUUCAUUUUCUCUUACUGCUGUUUACUUUUGUUUUCUAGGCAGUGUUCUCAGUAGCUGCUGUACUGUAAUUAUCUGAGUGCUAUAGUAUAUAGUGUUACAUGCAUCAUCAAACUGUACUUUGAGGCUGUGGAGAGUCAUAGGAAGAGGAUUUAGAAAAUCUAAAGACAGAGUUACAAUUAUGGAAAAGAAAUUCAUAACUGUGUCAAAUCAGAGUUCUAAGGAAAAGCAGCUACCCAGAACGAGGCUGUGUACUUCUUGUUCGAACAUUUUACAUGUCUCCAGUAGUUUGUAUUUUAUUGAUCCCACAAACUCUUCAGUCUGUUUCAUGCAGGAAUCCUAGACAGCAUGCAUCUCGGUUCUCACUUUUAGGGUUAAUUUACCUAACUACAAUCCCAAGGGGCUCUUCCUAGUAAUCAAGAAUAAUGUUUUAAUAGUGCUUCCUAAUGGGAGGCCACAAGAUCAAUUAAAGCAGCAAUAAUGAAAAAUAACAGUGAAGGCACGAUUGGGUUUUAAUGAAGUUGUGCGUUUAAAGAACAAGAUCUAAUGUACGAAAGGGUGCUUGUAAGGCAGCACUUGGGGACUUGAGAACAGCAAAGGCCUCGAUGAAUUGCUCUACAGCUACUCAUCUCCCUUUAGUAUUUCUUUCAGAUGUUGCUUUCGCAGCAAAGGAGCCAGAAUUUUCAUCUUUCAUUUUCUUGCCAUGCUACAAAAAAUGGCCCUGCUUGGAAUAAUGAGACGGGGCUUACAGUUUCGAGAGCUGUUCUAAUUAGGGUGCUUGUACCCCAGGGGGGCCUCGGAGGAGAAGAAAGUAUAUUCUGAUGCCCAGGAUUAUUGCUUUCCAAACCUCUGUGGCUUCCUUUACCUCACGUCUCUUGAAAAACACAUCUUAACUGUGUCACAGAAUGCCGUACUUUUGCUUUAAAACCCUUUCUCAAAUCCCUUACAAACAUUAAGACGUUUUAGGUGUUGUUUUUGUCUCCUCAGAUACAAAUGUCUCCAUAGAAUUUUAAAGGAGGUGAACAGCAUACUGUAUGUGCACCAUAUAUGGGUGAAGUUAAAAGCAAAGUGAUAGUUUAUUGGGAUGUGUUCAGAAUCUUCACCAUCAUCUUUCGUGUUGCAUAAGAUGCACGUUUCAACUAAGCAUCCUUUCAUCUAUGGAAAACAUGAACAUUCCAGAUUGUGUGAAGUAGCACACAAUCGUGUAACCGUAUUAAAUGUUCACUACAGUUAGACAGUGGUUCAGAUGCCAGUUUUCUGUCUAAAUUUAUAGAAAAUGAAAAGGUACAGAUCUAAAAUUAAUUAUUUAGACCCCAGCUAGGUAUACUUGUCCACAUCCAUCUGUCUGUCCAUCUAUCUACAAAAUCUGCAACAAGAUGGUACUGUAUAAUAAUGGUACAAUACAUCAUGGUCAUUAAUUUCCUGGAAUUUUGUAUGUCUGCAUAUUCAGUAUUUCUCAUAUUUCAUUGCAUUUUUUUAAAUGAUUCUGUGCUGUGAAUUAUAGAAUCAAAAUAAAAUUUAUAAGUAACUUUAAAACUUUCCUUCUUUUUCAUGUAUUGAAGAAGGAAUUGUGGACUAAUUAACAUUUUCUUCAGUUAGAAUUAAAAUAUAAAAUGCUUUGCCCUCAUUUUGCCAAAUCAGUGAAAUGCUUUGCCCUCGUUUUGCCAAAUCAGUGAAAUAUGAACAGAUGAUUUACUGGAAGCAUUAAGCAUACAGUACAGUAGGGCAGGGACUGAAAAGGUAAAGGGUUGACAUUUCAGUCACGGUGUGCUGAAUGGAAUGGAUAUUAACUUCAUUUACUCUGAACAUGUGUGGCCUUAUUUAAAUCCUGUGAUGUCCUAAGAGAGGUUCUGAAGCUUGAAGUGUUAAUGGCCUCUGAAAAGGAUUUCACUUGAAAUUUUAACAGAGUUUUUUCAGUUUUCUGUACUACAUUUUCUAAAAGUAAUAGUAAACAUUCAAGGUGUAAGUCUGUUAAGCGAAAAAGCAGGUGUCCACUCAAUAAAUGAAUCACCUGUAAAUGUUUCAUUUGGCUAGAGGAGUUACUGUAUAUGAGUAGGAAAAUGUUUCGCUGGACCAAAAAGCUUUGAAAGUUGUCUUGUUAGUGUUAAGUGUUUUGCCAUGUUCUACAAGAUCACACUUACUGUAGGAACCCCUGGUAUUGAGAGAAAAAUACAUGUUUUAAAGAUGUUCUGGACUCCUACAGCAGUAUAGAAAAGAAUAAAAAUGCCUGUCUUUCAAAUGUAGAGAAAUCGCUGAAUAUUGUGUGCAUUGGCCUGCUGUUUGUUUGAGUUUGUGUAUCAUGUAAUGAGAGGAAUGAAGAGGGAAGCAUGGGAUCUCGCUUAUGUAAAGUUCCACUGCUAGUCUUGUACUGGUAUGGGUACUGAUAUUGCAAUCUUGAGAUACCAACUUUGGAAUUGUUAAAGUAUUUUGGUUCAUUAUUUUGGCCAAGAUUUCUUCUUGGCCAGGAUUGCAUUGUACUCUAACUUAGCAAUUGUUCUCAACUGGCUUAAUUGGUUAAAUAAACUAUUAGAAUUUGCAUUGUAGGAAUUUUGUAUAAUAAAUCACCAGUACCUUUAAUUUGGCUUUCUAUAGCCCCUGUGAUGACCUGUGUGACCUGUGGACCUUAAUUCAUUGGAAGGAAUUCACUAUUCUCACUAUUGCUUCAGUACUGAAAGGGAAAUGAAUUAAAGUACUGUAUGCAUUUGAUUCUUCAAAUGCUUAGUAAAAUAUGAAAUUGAAGUCUCUGGGUAUUUUGAUUGAUUUCCAUUUUGAACAUUUAAAAUGUACAAAUGUGAAUCAGAGGGAACUUGAUGUCAAAGCGUAAAUAAACCUGAUUAAACAUUG